CUGCACAUACCUAUAUAGCACAUAUAAGGGAGUACCCUCGGGUAUUUCCGGUGCACACUUUACAUGGCUACCGAUUGGUUCACGAAGAUAAACCAGUGGGGGAGGAGUUAUUUACUGUUUAUCCAGUCGUCUGCACGUAUUACGUGCCUAUUAAAAUGCAAACAGCAUUUUUACCCUUCCCAUCCUAUCCCUGUUGGUGUGUAAUCGUGUCAACAUGCUUGUUGACACGCACAAGUGAAAUUUGCGUUUGUGCGAAGGUUGAAGAGCUGUGUGGUCAAACAUUGAAGCUUUUAAAAUUUGUAAGAAUGGGUAAAGUUGAUUUCUUUGUCGUCGAAUUCUACGGAGGCAAGAGAACUUUUUAUCCCGGCGAAGCAAUAAAUGGCACUCUUCGUUUGAAGGUGAACAAGGAGCUGAAGUUGCGAGGCAUUCGAUUGGAGUUUCACGGUAAAGCUUCAAUACAUUGGUCUGAAUCGACAGGAUCAGGUAAAAACAGGAGAACAAGGCAUUACAGUAACAGCGAAACUUAUAUCGAUACUUUGGCGACAUUGUUUGGCAAAGCACCAGGCCAGAGUGGCGAUGAUCCUGUACUGCAGCCAGGGGAUUAUUCCUAUCCAUUUCAGUUUCUUAUUCCAAAUCAAAACAUGCCAACAUCAGUUGAAGGAAGUCACGGCUAUGUUCGCUAUUGGUUGAAAGGCAUCAUUGAUAGGCCAUGGAGGUUUGACAUCACAACGACAGCAGUAUUUACUAUGUUGGAGUAUGUUGACAUCAAUACGUUCCCGCUUUUGCAACCUUGUCAGAUGUCAGAGGAUCGGAAUGUUGGAUGUCUUUGCUGUAAAUCUGGCCCACUCAGUGUCACUGUAUAUACUGACAGAGGUGGCUACUGUCCUGGUGAGUCAAUUGGUGUCUCGGCAGUCAUCAACAAUCAUUCCAACAAUGAAAUUCUUGGUUUGGAGAUUCAUCUCAUUCAAGUCACCGUUUAUAUUGCCUCUGGUGGAAAGCAAAAGCAUUGUGAGGACAAAGUUGCAGCCAUGCUUCAGGGAGGAGUGAAGCCCCAUGAAGAGACUCACAUGCCAAUGGUGGCAUUUCCAAUACCCUCUCUACCCCCAUCCAUGUUAAGCUGUAGGUGUAUGAGGAUGUCAUAUGUGUUGAGGCUGAAAGUGCGAGUGAAAGGCGCAUUCAAUUCAAAUCUAAACAUUCCCAUCACUAUUGGCUCAGUACCAUACAGGCCACCCAUGCAGCCACAGUACCCCCAGCCAGCUGCAGGUAAUUUUGCUGGCCCAUCUCCACCCCUGGCAGGAUUCAGUGAACCAUCAGGCUAUUCUGCAGCUUCCCCACAGAUUGGGGAUGGUACACAGCCAUACCCCAACUAUGCACCACCAUCCUAUGCGGAAUGUGUAAGAGGGGGAGCGUCAAUUACUAAUGAAGGUGACUCUGGCAAAGCCCUGGGCGACAGUACAUUUACACCAAUGUACCCGUUCGUUAAUAAUUACCAGUUCCCUUCUGCUCCACCGGCGCCAUUUCCACAGGAUUCCAAACGUCAAUGAAUGUUUUAGAUGUAUAUGCGUGGAGCGUGGCGAGCAUUUUUGGUGAAGCACCACGCUCAUUUAGAAUUUUUACGGAAGCGCUAAAGGCGCGAGCAGAUAGAUUAAUAGUUGUGUAGAGGAAUUUUCUCGGGAAUUGUUGAAAUUUAGGAGCUCGUAAAUGCCAUUUCGUACAUUUUCCAGGAGAUGUCUUAAUUUUCAAAAAAGUGCGGUGUUUCCUACGUUUUUCAGCCGUGCCUUCAGCAGUGAUUAUAUGGUCUUGAAGAACCAAUAAUAAAUUGCAAAUAAUUUGACCGAAAGGCCAAUGUAAUUAUAGAAACCGCUGACAAGAAACAUAGUUCUUAAUAGAAACUUAUAUAAACAUUUUGAGACAUGAACAGGUUACCUCAUUUGUAUAGUGUGACUGCUUUCGAACAAGUUUACAAACUGUAAAAUAUUUUAGCUAAGUUACUUAACUUAUGAUUGUAUUAUAAUCCAAAACAUAACUAAAAACAUAAAAUAUCCUUAACUUCAUUUCAUUCUUGCCGUUCUGUAAUUAUUGAGAAAGUUUGUUUCAUAGUACUUAAAGUCUGCAGGUGCGCAAAAAAAAAAGAAAAAGAUAGAAAAACUGCCGUUAAAAAAACACGAAUCCUUGGGACUUUAGCGAAUCCCAAACAGAAGACGCCACGGCGUUCUGUAGGAUAUUAGUUUUUAUUCAUGCUUGUAAAUGCUACGAAUUAAUUGCUGUUUUACUGUUAUGUUGUUGCAUAAUUGCCCAUUGUUACACCACGGCAUAGUUAAUAGAGGGGAAUGGUUACAUAAAGCCAACAGAGUUCAUUGUGAUAUGUUUUUGAACAUUCGCUUUUUUUGGCCUUUAUUGUGCACAAAACACAAUUGUUUCAUUCUGAUUGAUGACUAAGCAAUCGUACCGUUUCUAUUUAAGUUAUUAAGGCAUAACAUAUGAACGCAAAACAAAAGAUUUUACACGGUCAUGGGCCUUGCAAAUUUAAGUCUUGUCAUAUUAUUUUUUAACCAUUCCCCUCUAUUAACUGUGACCGUAGCCUGCUGUUUUGCGUGGCUAAAUAACAAAGACAACAGUAAAAUAAUAAAUCCCUUAUUGCACGGGUUCGCGGUAGAUAAUGGUCACGGACAUUUUGUAAGCAAGUCAGUUUUGAGAUAUCGUCGCGCACUAUCUGUGAAACAUCAAAUUAUCUCUAAUUAUUUACGGAGUGACUCUUCAGCAGUCAGUCAGAGCGAAUAUUAAUUACUGUAUUUGUAAUCAAAAAUGAAAGCUUAUUGAAUGAA